UUGUUGUGAAAGAUUGUUAAAUGUGUUUGUUAUUUUACUGAAGUUUUACGUUCGGGUGUACACGAGGUGUUUAAUAUGGCCGACGACAGUAUGAGUGAUGAUGUCUUCGAAGACGAAGCAAUAACACUUACGCCAUCUAGGAUUCCGGCGACCAGUCAAUAUGGCAAGGGUACGAAUCCGUCACCGACCGGUUAUCCGGGAUACGAACCGCCUGCCGAACUGGUUCGGCACCUGGCUGAAAGGACUAGUGGUGAGCUGAGUGCAGAACCGAAAAAAUAUUCUUUGACUGAGGAGGAACAUAAAGUGCAUAAGACAAUACUAUUAGGAGACAGUGGCGUAGGCAAAACUUCUUUACUAGUACAAUUCGAUACUGGAAAGUUCCAACAAGGAACCUUCAGUGCAACAGUUGGAAUCGGAUUCACGAAUAAAAUAGUUCUAGUGGACCAGUCCAGGGUCAAACUGCAAAUUUGGGACACUGCCGGUCAGGAAAGGUUUCGCAGUGUGACCCAUGCCUACUACCGAGACGCCCACGCUUUGCUGUUGUUAUAUGACGUCACGAACAAGACGAGCUUUGACAACAUUCGGGCCUGGCUCGGGGAAAUUCGGGAAUAUGCGCAGGACGACGUUGUUAUCAUGUUAAUAGGUAAUAAGGCUGAUUGUGGUCCUGAAAGACAAGUAAAGAAAGAAGAAGGUGAACGAUUGGCAAGAGAAUACAAUGUUACAUUUAUGGAGACUUCUGCCAAAACUGGAGUCAACGUGGAGUUGGCAUUUUUGGCAAUAGCUAGGGAAUUGAAAUAUAGAAAAAACGAGUCUACUGAUCCUGAAAAUCCACGAUUCAACGUACAAGACUAUGUCAGGGAGCAAACGCAGAAAGUUUCAUGUCCUCCUUGCAAUAAUUAA